AUGCCAGCUAAUGCUCUUCGAUACUCAAAAUCUCGGUUUCCUUCUCGGCACAUGAUGAUGCGUCGUCCUAUGUUUUAUCCACCAGUACCUGUCAGGCAAGAAAGUUGCUGGGAUAUUUUUCUUUCUAUACUUGCUGCAUUAUUUUGUAUCAACUUAUUCCGAGGAGGUAGGCGAGGAAUAUCUGGCGGUGCUGGUAUUGGAGGAAUUGGUGGAAUUACAACGGGUGGUGGUGGAGUUACAUCGGGUGGUGGUGGGGUUACAUCAGGUGGUGGUUCAUCCAGUUGUGGAGGUGGGGGAGGAGGAAGCUGCGGAGGUGGGGGAGGUGGAGGAGGAGGAAGCUGUGGAGGUGGUGGAGGAGGAGGAAGUUGCGGGGGUGGAGGUGGAGGAGGUGGUGGUGGCGGUGGCGGCGAUUAA